UGGGGGAUACAGGCCCCAUAGAUUCAACACAACUGCACACAUAAGCACUUACUAAUAAUAACGCUCUGUUUGUAUGUCAUUUUCAUGGAGCAUUGCCGCUAACACACAUGGACUGUCAAGAGGAAAAGCCAAUCAUCUAUACCAUGGAAAACAAGCCGAUUGUAACGUGACUUAUGGCCGUGCACCGAAAAUGAUCCACCUUGAAGCUAAUUUUGUCCAGUUUAAAGAGGACCUCCUCCCCAAGGAGGGCAACAAGGCUCUGCUCACCUUUCCCUUCCURCACAUCUACUGGACUGACUGCUGUAUGCGUGGUUCUGUCAGAUCCCCUGAAGGACUCGUCUCGGUCCCUGGAGUCCUGGAACUCUCUGCUUCUGAAGCUGCGGACCCUCCUCCUCAUGUCCUUCACCAAGAACCUGGGCCGGUUUGAAGACGACAUGCGAACGCUCCGAGAGAAACGGACCCAGCCCGGCUGGAGCUUCUGUGAUUAUUUCAUGGUCCAGGAGGAGCUGGCCUUUGUCUUUGAGAUGUUGCAGCAGUUUGAAGAUGCUUUGGUCCAGUACGAUGAACUAGAUGCUCUUUUUACUCAGUACGUCCUGAACUUCGGAGCUGGAGAUACCGCUAACUGGCUCGGCUCGUUCUGCGCUCCAGUGCGUAACUGGAACGGGUUGCUUCUCCGGCGGCCCAUCGAUAUGGAAAAGAGAGACAGUAUCCAGCGUGGAGAGGCCAAUCUGUUGGACCUGAGGAGCUACCUGUUUUCUCGCCAGUGCACUUUACUCAUCUUCCUGCAGAGACCGUGGGAGGUCACUCAGAGAGCCUUAGAGCUGCUCCACAACUGUGUCCAGGAGCUACGUCUGCUGGAGGUGUCUGUUGUGGACGGGGCUCUGGACUGUUGGGUUUUUCUCAGCUGCUUGGAGGUUCUGCACAGGAUCGAGGGCUGCUGCGAUCAGGCUCAGCUAGCUGCUAACUGCUCCCAUACUGUCGGACUCUGGGCCUAUGCUACAGACAAGGAGGAAAGGAGAUCCUGAGCGGGCUGAAACGUUCUUGCAGGAGGCUUUGAAGUCGUACGUAUCUGAAGGGUGGAGCCUCCCCGUSACUCAUACCAGGAGACAGAUCGCUGAGUGUCAGAAACUGCUGGGCAGAACCGAAGACUACUUGCAAACCAGUACCUUGUURGCUGGUGAUGAGAAUCUCUCUACUGAUGAAAGGAAGCACUUCUUCCAGGAAAUCCUCUCAUUUGCUGGCAAGUCUGUAGACCACCCUCACAAAGUGUCUCUGAGYAUGAAUGUUUUCGCCCAGCUGACUCGACUCCAGUUCCAUCCUGCGWCGGCCUCGGUGCACUCCGGAGGCACCCUGCAGGUGGAGCUCACUCUGAAGUCUCUGAUGCCCGUUUCAGUGCACAUACAGCAGCUAGCUGCUAGCAUCCACUUUGACGUGGAUCACGGGGGGACUCUUGGGAGGCCCAAGGCAGCUCAGAGACAUGCAAACUGUGGAACAGUAGAGUUUAACCUGGGUCACUCAGCWGCAGGUCUCCCCUCCUCUGUGGCUCCUCGCCCUGUGUUGGACAUGGACGAGGUCCAGGACAGGAGCCCCUCGGACAAUGCUCUCAACUCCACAGGAGUGGUGUGCAAAAACACUCACCUGCUCAUCCGUCGCCAUGAAAGUAACUCCCCACCGGAGACGCCMAACUGUGUGAGCCCCCCCACCGUUGCUAUGAAGGAAGGAGCGCAGAUGCUGAAGGUGCAGGAYGUAACGCUGGAGCCUGGAAACAACAGCAUCGUCUUCACAGCACCUAGUGGACAGACAGGGUCCUACAUGCUGCGGCAGCUUUGUGCCACGGUUGGUGAAGUUCAGUUCGUCCAGUCUCACAUCUAUCCAUCGGUCCGAUAUGAAGUGUACUCUCAGGAGCCCCAGCUCACCGUGGAGCCACUCUCAGAAAGUACAUCCAGGUGUGUGUGCAGAACGUGUCRGAUGUGAACUUCACGCUGGCAGAAGUGAAGCUGACAGAAAAGGAGCACGCAUCACUUGAGCUGCAGUCUUUCAACGCUAAAACACAUCAGCUGCUGUGCAGUAAACACAGUGUGUUCUGCCUGUGGGAGGUGAGGUGGAAGGACGAGCUGCCUUCCUGUCUACAGUGUGUUUUCUCUGCCAGCUUCUCUCCCACUAACCAGGACACCUGUGCCUUUAAACCGUUCCACUACCAGUUCCAGCUCGAGAGAGUCACUACACUGUACAGCGUGAGAGCAGAGAUCUUCCCUCCUGCUGGUGAGCAGCACUGUCGUUGCGGUUUGGUCUGCAGGUUGGAGGUGUGUGUAACCCGCCUGACUGAGCUUUCAGAGGGGGAAAUCACAGAGGACAGCAAAACUGACACAGAUGGACUCAGAACAACCAAACUCAUGUAUGAAGUCGCUGACAGCAGCAGUAACUGGGCCGUGUGUGGCAAGAGUUCAGGGAUGGUGCUGAUGCCAACCAAGGCCAACGCCACACACAAGGUGCAGAUCGAGGUGAUGCCACUGUUCGCAGGACAUCUGCCUUUCCCCAAGAUCAAAGUGCUGAAAUAUCUGCCUCACACAGCUGCACCAGCCCCACAGCCAGACCCCG